CACAACUACAAGCUGUGGGUCGAGCUUACCGGGGCAGCAUGCCCAAAGCGGGGUAUGAAUAUCCUCGGUGGUUGCCGAGGCGCGUUACCCGCAGUGACGCGUCCCAUAGCAUAAGCAGUCUGUACUUGCUCGCCGUUCUCUCCGUCAGGAACACUUCUUUCACCAUCCGACACGAUGCCUCCAAAAGCUGAUUGGGAGAAAUACGAGAAGAAGGCCGAUGACAAGGAGGAGAAGAUUCAAGCUCUUACAACUAGCGAUAUCCAGAUCCUCAAAACCUAUGGUCAAGGCGCAUACGCCGCCAAGUUGAAGAAGACAGAACAUGACAUCAAGGAAGUGCAGAAGCGGAUAGACGAAAAGCUUGGCGUGAAGGAGUCUGACACAGGCCUUGCUCCGCCAAAUCUCUGGGAUCUUCCAGUUGACCGACAACGCAUGGGAGCUCAUCCAUUGCAAGUUGCGCGGUGUACUAAAAUCAUUCCUGUUGAUCCCAAGAAAGCCGAGGCCGCACGCGCCGUCAACCCUGUCGGUGCCGCUCAAGGCCAGAAGGGGGCCGACGAGCAGGACAAAUAUGUCAUUAACAUCAAACAAAUAGCUAAAUUCGUUGUUGGUCUCGGUGAUCGAGUCGCCCCGACAGAUAUCGAAGAGGGUAUGCGUGUGGGUGUGGACCGGAAUAAAUACCAAAUCCAAAUCCCACUGCCACCCAAGAUUGAUGCUUCGGUGACGAUGAUGCAGGUUGAGGAGAAGCCCGACGUAACGUACUCGGACGUUGGUGGAUGCAAAGAGCAAAUCGAGAAGCUGCGUGAAGUCGUUGAGACGCCGCUACUAUCACCUGAGCGCUUCGUCAAGCUCGGUAUCGAUCCACCAAAGGGAGUCCUUCUCUUUGGGCCACCAGGAACCGGCAAAACUCUUUGUGCACGCGCAGUCGCCAAUCGCACAGAUGCCACCUUCAUCCGCGUCAUUGGCUCAGAACUUGUGCAAAAGUAUGUCGGCGAGGGUGCACGAAUGGUUCGCGAGUUGUUUGAGAUGGCCCGUUCAAAGAAAGCUUGUAUUAUUUUCUUUGACGAAGUCGACGCUAUCGGUGGGGCGCGAUUUGAUGAUGGCGCUGGUGGUGACAAUGAGGUGCAGCGCACAAUGCUGGAGUUGAUUAACCAGCUGGAUGGAUUUGACCCCCGAGGGAAUAUCAAAGUGCUCAUGGCCACAAAUCGACCAGAUACUCUUGACCCUGCAUUAUUACGUCCCGGUCGACUUGAUCGGCGGGUGGAGUUUUCACUGCCUGAUAAUGAGGGGAGGGCUCAUAUUCUCAAGAUUCAUGCUCGAAGUAUGAGCGUCGAACGCGAUAUCCGAUUCGACCUGAUUGCUCGAUUAUGUCCCAAUACGACGGGUGCUGAACUUCGCUCAGUUGCAACAGAGGCUGGCAUGUUUGCAAUUCGUGCCCGGCGGAAGGUCGCUACGGAGCGCGACUUCCUCGAUGCUGUAGAGAAGGUCGUGCGACAAGGGACGAAGUUCUCGUCAACUAGCGUGCGCACCAUCCAACGGCGGCGGUACCAUGUUCGUCGUGCACCGUCGCCACCGUCCGCUGAAUCUGCUCGACUUCUCGACUCGUUCGCAGCACAUCCGCCACUUCCUCUAACGCUUUCAACCCUCGUGUCCUUCGGGAACCCUUUAACACCUGCAUCUGUGUUGCGCUCAGUAACGUACGUACUCUCGGAGAUACCAAGACGUAUGGCCCAGCGCGUCCGCGCCCUGGAGGGGUUGCCAUUCAUUGUCGGCACUAAUCCAUAUGUUACACGAACUCUCAACGGUCACAGAGACAGCUUUAAUUUACUCGCCACUUAUCCUGAAGUGCACACACUUGAGGACAAUAAACAUUUUGUCGAUGAGCUAGAUAUACUUGUGCAGAGACAUAGAAACGAUAUACCAACCAUGGCCAAGGGAUUUCAAGAGUGCUCGCGGUACAUGUCCCCAACUCAAAUAUCCAACUUCCUCGAUGGUGCUAUCAGAUCCCGCAUCUCUGUACGCUUGAUUGCUGAACAACAUAUCGCGCUCUCACACGCACUUGCUACGGAUCCAGGGGCCGCAGAGACUGGCGUGCUCUUGCACAAUGGUGUGAUUGAUCCAAAGUGCUCCCCCGCGGCCAUGGUCCGCAUGUGUGGCGCAUUCGUCAGCGAAUUAUGCGAAGCUACCCUUGGCGCAAGCCCCAACAUCACAAUCGACGGGUGUCCAGAAGCCACAUUCACCUAUGUCCCUGUGCACCUUGAAUAUAUCCUCACCGAAAUGCUCAAGAAUGCGUUCCGCGCUACCGUAGAGCACCACCACAAGCUUCAUGGCCUCGCUUCAUCCCACCCCCUACCACCCGUACAAAUCACUAUCUCACCCCCUACUUCAUCCCAUCCAUUCCUAUCAAUUCGAAUUCGCGACCAGGGUGGUGGCGUCUCAGCGUCCAACAUGGCUCGUAUAUUCUCAUAUGCUUUCACUACCGCAGGGCAUGCCGACGACCAUAACGUAGACGGUGGGCCCUACGCCGCACAGCAUAUUGGAGGGAGCGCAGCCAUCGGGAGUGGUGGUGCAGGGGAAGGCGGGAACCUUUUUGGCGAGAUUACAGAGAAGGGUAUCCAGGUGGGCCUUGGAACAAUUGCAGGUUUAGGGUAUGGGCUCCCUUUGAGUCGGUUGUAUGCAAAGUGUGUUCGCCUUUUCUUUUCAUCUGUGUGUAGUCUCUCUCAUAUCGACUUCUUAGAUAUUUCGGUGGUUCAUUGGAUGUAUUUUCGCUUGACGGGUGGGGCAGUGAUGUCUUUAUCAAACUUAGAUGUCUACUAGAUGAUGCAGGUGACGCCGAGAUAUAGAUCCAUGGACUUAAUAAUGUUUAGCUGUACUUCACGCCCCCAACAUUUUGCUGUUACCCUCACAGCUGUAUCUGAGCAGUUAUAUUACUUGUGUGUUUGCCCAAUAUCCUGCUGACAAUGAUUAAU